AUGGCGUUAGAACAUUCAUUAGACCUGCAAAUACCAUUCGAGACCCCGCAACAGGCUCAAAUAGCCGUCAAAGUGCUCAAGCCAGACCCAAUCCUCAGGCCAGACGACUUUGAAGUCGACUACGUCUCGAACGGCAGCGUUCUUGAGGUAAAAUUCCGGAGCAUAGACGACCGCGUGCUGCGAGUAGGCGUCAGUAGUGUCAUCAACAGUGUCAAGACCGUGGUUGAAGCCAUGGACGAGCUUUCCUAA